GGCAAGACCGGUACGGCGGGUAUGAGAAAAAGAAGACCUCGAGGCGAUAUUCAGGGCAUGAGUUAUAUUUCAUUUGUUCCAUGAUACAGUCGGAGUUGGUACCAUUUCCUAUUUCUGGUCGCUAUGGUGUGUCCUAAUAAAAGAAACCUUAUUUUGCUUUACUUUACUGUUUUGCACACACCCUAUGACUCCAACUUCUCUCCUGCUCAUAAUCUUGUCAUGCUCAUGAACAUAUCAUUUGAAUUCCGAGGUCAAUUUGCUAGGCAACAUUUUCUAUCGCGCCCGACUAAAUGCAUAAAACCAGGAAGUUUCAAUAUCCACCAAGCAGAAUCACGAAUUUUGUAUGAUUCGGGGAAAGAAAAGUCUUUAUCUUUGUUCUGAAUGACAAAAAAAAACGGACUCCGUCUUGAAUACCGGGCCAGCGCUCUUCUGACCAGCAGAUAAACAAAGGAGAAAAAAUUGGGUUAAAAAAAAAGAAUCAUGAGAUCUCAU